AUGGAAAUUCAGAAAGCUCACAAGUUGACCAUCGAGACUUUGGUGGGGUGCAAGUUGAAUGACAGUGAGAUCUGGAUACCGAAAACCAAGAUGAUUGGAAACACCAAAGUGAUGCUUUUGAGCAAGUGGGACCGCGGCUUGACACGGUUCAUGACGGGCAAGAGCUUAGAUCUUCGAGCCACCAAAACAAAGUCGUUGAACAACACUGCCGCUGGUGCGUACUUUGACGAGCUAUGCCGUCAGAGAAAGGAGGCAUGUGAGAAGGCAGUGAUCAGUGCCCACUCCACUGAUGAUGACAACGGCACUGGGAAGCCAAAGAGACGCAGAGUGACUCUCUCAGACAGCAUGUCUCACCUGAGUCCUCUGGUUGACAUCUCCCUUCCGGAAGUUGUUGAACCAGCUAUGCCGAAGCGCAUUGUGCAGGUUGCUUUUGGCACUGGGCCUGAGAUUUGGCUCGAAGUCAACGAAACCAACCUGCUUCAGGUCAUCAGGGGCUGUUGUGAGUGUACCAUGUCAAAGGGUCGCACUCGCAAGAAGGUCAAAGCUGAGCCAUCUCCUGCAGCAGACUCAGCAGACACCGUUUUGGACAGUCCACGUGAACCUGGAUCCAUUGCCUGUGAGGAGUCACAGAGCUAUGAGGUGAAAUGUGAAGUUGAAUCAUUGCAGCAGGAGGAGGUAGAGUCUCAUGAGGGCAACACCUGGGGUGAGGAUGCUUACGAUGCAACCCUCGUUGAUGACCAGCACUUGGAUACUCAGCCUUAUGGGGAGCACUUGGAGAUCCUUAAGCGUCAGAAUGCCAAGGUUUGGCAAUGA